GGUAAAGCUGGUACAGGAAAUUGCAACAUCUGAUUGCAACAUCUAGAAUCAUUGUCGUAGUUGUCUCUCAUUGGUUAUUUUCCUUAAACCAUUCAGGGUUUGCUCUAUGUAAGAGACACUUCAAAUCAACUCCAUAGAGUUUUAGUGAUGAUCAUUUACCUUAUUGAGUAAGAAGAACCGACGACACAUACCCAUGUGCUGUGCAUUCAACUCUUCAUCUGCUUGUACGGGAGUUGUUUCUAUCGUUUGGUUAGCUACUUUCCAAGACUGAGGCUAAUAGGCUGACGACUGUUCCCCAUCAGCGUCAAGUGAAUUAUUCUGGGUCACUGUGCUGGUUUUGUCCAUGUCACCGCUACGUUGCAAGGAGUCACGAUGUUGGCAAAACCACGCCGAAAAGCCUUGACCAUUAGAAGCCCUGGUCAUAAGUAAGAAGGAGAGACUACCGUCGACUAUAAGAAGUCGUAAUCCUCCCAACUCAUCUAAGGUUUUCCACCAUCAUCAACCAGUUCCAUCUUCACAAACAGAUCAACCAUCACUUCUGCUUCUUACACAUUCACCGAGCCUUCAAGUUCCAGAAACCCCAAACCACCAUCAAAAUGCAGAUCUCUACUCUCUUCGUUGCUGUCCUGGCUACCGCCGCCGCCGCCAGUCCUGCCAAGCGCGGAUACCCCGAUGGAUCCUAUGACGCUUGCAGCGGUCUCCACAACUCUCUUCAGUGCUGUGCUACCGAUGUCCUUGGUGUAGCUGAUCUGGACUGCCAUUCUCCUGGCAAGGUUCCCUACAGCGCGGAAGACUUCAAGGGCAUCUGUGCUGCCGCUGGACAGCGAGCUCGCUGCUGUGUUCUCCCUAUCCUUGGCCAGAGCAUUCUCUGCCAGACCCCUAUUGGCAUCUAAGAGAUAUGAAGAUUGCAACGCGAGAGUUCUGGAAAAAGGCAACAUUCUGAUGGAAGCUGUUUCCCUUCACGACAAUAUUCGACUUACUAGUUUCUCGGAUUGGGCUGCGGCUUUUGAAGAUGUGACCAAGCAGUUGUGAUGGAUUGUCACUCCUUAAACCUAUUUAAUUACCUAUAUACAUCAAUUGAAACGAACACUUUCGUCUUCAAAG